AUGGAGACCGCCCAGAGCUUUACAGCUCGCAGGUCCGCCGCUUCCAACCUCCCAACCUUCCAACUCCCCCCGCCGGACCAUAUCCAACGGUAUCCAGCAGCAUACGCGCCGACAAGCUCAACUCAACCAACACCAGCAGUGGUCAGCAGCGUUCUGACGCCUCCAGCCGGUGUACCAAGUGAUGGUCUGAGCCCGUUGGCAUCAAGUGUGAAUAGUGGCAGUUCCGGCAGUUCAGCAGCAGGCGUUCCUCCAUAUCAACCAAUGGGUUAUUGGCCUACCCCGCAAAACCCUUCCUAUACCUUCUCCUCCGCACCGCCAAUGCCUGCUUCAUACGCCCAGCAACAGCAGAGCUACAUGGGGCGCCCACUGUACUCACCAUCCAUUAAUUUCCCAAAUCGAAAUACCAAUUCACACUCUCCUGCGACUGGUGAAGGACUUCCCCCACCUCCCUACGAUAUUAGCCUUCCUCCAUUUCCCACAUCAAUGUCUGGUGGCAGUGGUGGGCAGCAACAAAGUCUCCCAACUCUUGCGCCUCAGCAACAGCAGCAGCAGCAGGCUCAACAACAACAACAGCAACAGCAAGCCCAAGCGCAGCAACAGCAGCAUCAACAGCAGCAGCAACAACAACAACAACAACAACAGCAGGCUCAACAACAGCAGCAACAGCAGCAGCAAUUGAGCAAUCCCCAGCAGCCAAGCUCGCAAGCGCCUCAACAGGCACCUUUGCACGCCCCGGAUACUUAUGGUGGUCGCCCUCCUCCAACUCCUACCUACUACACGCCGUCAUCGACACCACAACAAUCGUCAUUCCCUGCAUACACUCAACAAUCUCCGACUCAGCAAUCCCCAAAUACCUCUUCCGCGCCGUCAAAUAGAAUUUCUCCUGUCUCAAGUCAGCCACAUUCGUCAAUGGCAGCACCACAAGGCUACCAUUCUCGACCAUCGUAUAGCGGGUACGCGCUUCCUGCGAUGGCUGGCCCGAUCAUGUCCAAUGUGCAUAGCCCAGGGAAUCAGAUGGCCCUUGUAGGGGGAAUGAACAUGCAGUAUCCUCAGCAUCAAAUGGGCGGGCCAAUGUACGGGCAUCACCCCGGACAACAGCAGCAACAGAAUGACCGACCAUUCAAAUGUGACCAAUGUCCACAAUCCUUCAAUCGUAACCAUGAUUUGAAGCGACAUAAGCGGAUCCAUUUGGCGGUGAAGCCAUUCCCAUGUGGACACUGUGAGAAGAGCUUUUCGAGGAAAGAUGCAUUGAAGAGACAUAUUCUGGUGAAAGGCUGUGGGAAGAGCCCCACGAACGGUACCACGAACGCGAAUGGAGGUAGCCAAUCCCCAGUAGACAAGAGCGAGGUGAUGAGCGAUUCGACCGAGGACAAUAGUCCGGAGAUGUUGAAGAAGGAGUUGUAA